GCUUUGUCCAAACCGGAAAAGGUAAUGCCAAAAUGGCGGACAUUUUCCAACAAAGAUUUAAUAUGUAUAAAAUGUCUAUUUUUCAGCGCUUUCGUUUUUCUUAGCCGAGUAUUUUCUGUACAUUAACAACUAAACGAGUCGCCCCUGUGCUCAGAAGCUUGACAUUUGCCUGCUGUAACCAGCGCUUUGCUUUUCUUGUGGCUUCCCUGACUGGUAGGAAUCAUCAGAAGUCUUAAUUUAUCCAUUGUUAGUUGGAUAAGGAGAAUUUGGGAAAAAAAAGCUCCCUCCUCAAAAUGGAUGAAGUGUCUGCAGAAGUGGAUGAGAUGACAGCGAAACGGGGCCACAUCUCAGACUCGCUCCCAGAGCCACUUUUGAUAAUAUUGUCCCCACCACCGCCUUUCUUACCUGACCCUGGUGAGCUGACUGUGUCAUGGAAUAAAUGGCUUAAAUCUUUUGAACACUAUCUUGGAGCACUCAGUGAAAACAAGCUGACUGAUUCAAGUAAGUGUGCAGUCCUGCAAAACUUCCUUGGUCAGGAAGGCCAGCGUGUCUACUCGACGCUAAUCCGUGGUGAAACCACAUAUGCAGGAGCCAUAUCAGCGCUGACUGUUUACUUCAAUUCUCAGAUGCACCUACUUAAAUUUCAGCAAAGAUCUCAGAGGCCUGAGGAAACUGUUGAACAGUUUGUGUCUGCUUUAGAACAACUGGCAAAGCCUUGCAACUAUGGAGACUUGAAGGAUAAACUUAUCCUCAGUCAGCUGAUUGAAAAAUCAAAGUACAGACAACUCAGAGAGAGAUUGCUGAUGGAGAAAGAAACUCUAACCUUGCCCAAAGCAUUAAUUAUUGGUAAAGAGGUGGAGUCUAAUUUAAAUGAGUCUGGUAUGCUUGAUAUUCAUGAGGUGAGUGUUGACUUUGGAGAUGAUUUAGACCUUACUGUUCCAAAAGUGUCAAAAAGAGGGCGGCCUCGUCGUGGAGCUACUACAGGUGGAAGACGAAAACGGCACUCAACUAGACCCCUAAUUGCAGGUAAUGAGGCUGCAUCUGAGUCGCUUGAUAUUCACGAAGUGAGUGUGGCCAUUGAAGAAGAUUUAGACCCGCCUAUACUAAGGGGCUCAAAAAGAGGAAGACCACGUCGUGGUAGAGGUGCAACCAAAGGCAUACACCGUUCUAUUUGUGGUACUCAUGAAGUACUUAUGGAUACCAAAGACAAUUUCAACCCUCCUGCUCCACGGGUGGCAAAAAGAGGAAGGCCUCGACGUGGGGAAACUGUUGCAAAAUUAAAACGGGACUCGAUUACAGCCCCAGUUAGAGGUAAAGAGAUCAAACGUGCUUCAAAUAAAUCAGAAUUGUGUGAUACUCAUGACAAUAGUGUGGACACCAAGGACUGUUUAGAUCCUCCUGCUCCAAGAGUGGCAAAAAGAGGAAGGCCUAGGAAGACCCCAUGCCUGACCAUAACCCGAGAUGGUACAGAAGAGAUGGGUGGUGGAGACAAAGUAGAUCCUUCAGGUCAAACAGUGUCAAGAAGGACAAGAUCUCAGUGUGGAGAAAGUGGCACAAAAGUAAAAUGUCAAUCUGCUAGAACACCAUCAAGCUCCUCGAGACCUGAAUUCAACCGCAGUUACAAUGAUGAUGUUCUUGGCGAUAGUGAUGACCUUAAUUCUGAAAGUGGUGAUGAGAAUAGUCAAGACUCCAAUCAAGUAGAUGACGGGGCAACAUCAUUAUCUUGGAAAAUAGAAGAAGAGGCUGGUGAUGAAGGUAGUGAUGAUGAUGAUGAUGACGAUGACUAUGAUGAUGAUAAAAGUAAUGUGGAGUUGAUUUCAAAAGCAAAGCAAAAGGAACACCUUUGUCCCAUCUGCGAUGGUAAGGGGUUCAGAACUGCAUACAAGCUCGCCAGGCACAUGAGAACACAUACAAAGGAGAAACCAUACAGCUGCCCUAUCUGCUUUGUCACCAUCAGCCAGUCCUAUCACGUGAUCAGACAUCUCAGGAAGCAGCAUGGCGCAGGCCAGUACGCCUGCUCUCAGUGUGGGAAGACAUUAAGUAGUUUGCUGGAGCUGAAAGUGCACAAGAAGGCCCACACAGCUAAAGGUCUGUCAUGCCCUACUUGCGACAAGCAAUUCGAGGAGAAGACUGAGUUGGAGACUCAUAUUGAGUCUCAUUUCAAGGUCAACCCUCGGGGACUCAUCUGCACCGAUUGUGGAAAAACGUUUGGCCGGAUGUACCAUUUGAAAAGACACAUAGCGACCCACUGCAAAUCAACAAGAGGUUUGUGUUUUCAGUGCCCCGACUGCCCAAAGAACUUCCCUUUCCUACAUGAUCUCACCAAACACUUAGAGACACACGAAAAAGAAAACAAUGGGAUUUGUCCAAAAUGCGACCAAACAUUCAGCUCCCAAGAAGAACUACAGUCCCACAUGGAGACUCACGAAAAAUUUUACAUCUGCACUACCUGUGGCAAGAAGUUUAGGGUAGAGUUUGCGCUGAAGAAGCACGAAUUGUGGCACAAUAAAAUAUGUCAGUUCUAUUGUUCAUUGUGCAGCAAGCAGUUCACACAGAGUUCUCACUAUGAAAAACACAUCAUGGCCCACGAGAGGUGGGAGUCCAGAUGUCCGCACUGCGGUCGCAUCUUUGUGAAGUUAGCAACGUUUAAAUGUCAUUUGCGCACUCACACUGAAGAACGACCAUACCAGUGCCCUUGUUGUAUUGAUACCUUUGAGAUAAAGGAAGAUUUGGAUCAACACUGCCUGAAGCACAAAAAAUUUAAGGAGGCGAGGCCUUACUCGUGCACUCGCUGUGAUUGUGCCUUCACCACACUUGUAGAAUUGACGGAUCACAUGACCUCGCAUGAGGGAGAGCCACCGCUGAACUGCCCCGUCUGCCCAAAGUCUUUUCUGAACAAGAGCAAGCUGGAGAAGCACCUGAGCAUCCACACGGGUGAAAGACCUCACCUCUGUUCCCUCUGUGGCAACGGCUUCCCCAACCCCGCCAGCCUCAAAUUACACGCACGCAUCCACACAGGAGAGAAACCCUUCCAGUGCUGCGAGUGCAGUAAGAGUUUCCCCUCGAUGAGUGCGCUGCAGCGGCACAGCAGGCAACACAUGGCGGAGCAACCCAGAUACCCGUGUCCUGAGUGCGGGAGGACCUACUGUCGCAUGACGGAGCUGAGGAAGCACCAGAGGAACCACACCGGGGAUAAACCGUACUCGUGCACCUGUUGCAGCAAACGCUUUACCACUAAAGACAAACUUAUUGUCCACAUGAGGGUGCACACUGGGGAGAGACCAUAUUCCUGCUCCCACUGUGAACAGACAUUUACUCAGACUGGUGACAGAAAUAGGCACAUAAUUAAAUUCCACCCGUUAGAUGUCACAGCGAUACAACAGCAGUAAGGAUGUGCAUGUUGCUUUUGAAGGACUUUACAGAUUGUUUCGAGUGAACAAACUGUAUUUACAGAUUUGGGAUGCCUUAAAUUGCAAUGUGUCAUUGAGGAUGAGGCAUUUUGUGAUUGUUUUUAAGUACAAAUGUAAUUUAAGGACAAUGCUAAAGCUCCUCUGAGAGGCAAAUCUCAGGUGCCCACAUCGCUUUGGAAUCAAAAUUCACAGAUACUGACUGUCUCCAUUUUUGAACUUCUCCAAAAUGUUUGCAGCACUUAUCUAUUAAGUAUUGUGAAUGCAUCGGCAACUGUUAUUUAUAACUGUGGUAGUGAUUUUGACACGUUGAAAGAGGAACUGUAAUCGGUGUUUUGACCUCGUGCACGGUAUAUGUCGUGUCUCUCAGACAAACAAAUUUUAACAAAUUUUCAUGAUCAUGAAGUUGCUUGUGCGAACAAAUGUAUGUCGAAGCAUCACUUUUGAUGCAGGUAGUACUGAAUAUUCUCUGUCAUAGACUAUACUACAGUGCAGCUAGCUACAAUGAUUAGAUUAUAAAAUAAAAAAUAAUCAUUAGUUGCAAUCCAAUAACACCACUUCCUCAAAGUACAUACAAUUUUCAUUAACCUUUGUGUUAAACUGACAUUUAACAUCAUUUUAUUCAACGUUUAUCAUAUUGAUGGAAGACUGCUGUGUUGAUUAUAUAGUAAACGAUGUACAUUAAAAUGAAGUAUAUUUGUUU